AUGUUUGCUCUGCACAGGGUCCGUCAAUUCCGCGUCUUGUCCGCGCUGGUUGUCGGUUCGAUUGUGUGCUGCGCGAAGAGCGUCAACGAACCGGGCAACAUGUCUUUCGUGAAGGAGACGGUGGAUAAACUGCUGAAGGGCUAUGACAUCCGACUGAGGCCGGACUUUGGAGGGGCCCCUGUUGCAGUCGGGAUGAGCAUAGACGUGGCCAGCAUAGACAUGGUGUCAGAAGUCAACAUGGACUACACGUUGACCAUGUAUUUCCAACAGUACUGGAGGGACAAGCGUCUAGCCUACAUAGGAAUCCCCCUCAACUUGACCCUGGAUAACAGGGUUGCCGACCAGCUCUGGGUCCCCGACACCUACUUCCUCAACGACAAGAAGUCUUUCGUCCACGGAGUCACCGUCAAGAACCGCAUGAUCCGCCUGCAUCCGGACGGAACCGUUCUCUAUGGCCUCAGGAUAACUACAACAGCAGCAUGUAUGAUGGAUCUCAGGAGGUAUCCCCUGGACGAGCAGAACUGCACUCUGGAGAUAGAGAGCUAUGGCUACACCACAGACGACAUCGAGUUCUACUGGAAAGGAGGCGGCUCGGCUGUAACCGGGGUGACGCGGAUCGAGUUGCCUCAGUUCUCCAUUGUCGAUUACAAGCUGGUGUCCAGAAACGUAGUCUUUUCCACAGGUGCCUACCCUCGACUGUCUCUGAGCUUCAAGCUAAAGAGGAACAUCGGCUACUUCAUCCUGCAGACGUACAUGCCAUCGAUCCUGAUUACCAUCCUCUCCUGGGUCUCCUUCUGGAUAAACUAUGACGCGUCAGCAGCCAGAGUGGCUCUAGGGAUCACCACGGUGCUGACCAUGACCACGAUCAACACCCACUUGAGGGAGACGCUGCCCAAGAUUCCGUACGUCAAGGCCAUUGACAUGUACUUGAUGGGCUGCUUUGUCAUGGUCUUCCUGGCCCUGCUGGAGUACGCCUUCGUCAACUACAUCUUCUUCGGGAGGGGCCCUCAGAUGCAAAAGAAGCUCGCCGAGAAGGCGGAGAAGGCCAACAACGAGAGGGCGGCCAAAUACGAUGCUGCGAGGGAGGCAGGUAGUAGGACCGCGUCCCUAAAGCGGUCCAAUCAGGUUAAAGGUCUUCGCCACUCACGCUCGGCGGAACCACACGGCCACGGGAACAUCCUGCUAACCACCCUGGAGAUCCACAAUGAGGUGGCGGGAGGCGAGAUCACCACCAGCCUGGCGGACAUUAGGAACUCUCAGUCCAUGGUGCAGUUGGACAGCACGGCCUCGUCGCACAUCCAGUACCGCAAGCAGAGCGGCGGGAUCGGCCCGCGCUCCGCCAGCCGGCACUCCCUGGACCGCGCCGCCCAGAUCAAGCGCAGCCGCCUGCGGAGGCGGUCCUCGCAGCUCAAAAUCAAAAUCCCAGACCUGACGGAUGUGAACGCCAUCGACCGCUGGUCACGGAUCAUCUUCCCUUCCGUUUUCUCACUGUUCAACCUCAUCUACUGGCUCUACUAUGUCUGA